GAGCGGGGGGAGGGGGCGUCCUUGGGUCCUACGGAGCUAUGGCGAGGCCCGGAGCAGAUUUUACGCCUGCGGUAUUGAAGCACCGGCGCACCACACUCGAGCGGGUGGAAAAGUUCACUUCCGACACCUACUUCACUGACUGCAACUUGCGGGGCAGGUUGUUUGGUGAUACCUGCUCAUUGACAUCUCUCUCUUGCUUUGAAACUUCACAACGAAUUCCAUAUGAUGAAGCUAUCAGACAAGAAUUCAUGCCUGUAAAAGUUGGGAACUCAUUUGGAAGCACGUGGCACACAUGCUGGUUCAAAGUAGAACUGAGCAUCCCCAGAGAGUGGGCAGGAAAGGAAGUACAUCUCCUUUGGGAAAGUGAAGGAGAGGGAAUGGUUUGGAGGGAUGCUCAACCUGUUCAGGGUUUGACUCAAGAAGGUGAGAAGAUCAGCUAUAUUCUGACAGAUAGUCUCAAAGAGACAGACCCCCACAGCUUGACUCUGUACGUGGAGGUUGCCUGCAAUGGUCUCUUUGGAGCUGGGAAGGGCUGCAUGAUUGCACCACCUGAUCUGGACAAGAGGUUCUCCUUGCACAAGGCAGAGCUCGUGGUUUUCAACAGGGAUGUCCAUGAGCUUCUGGUAGACUUCGAGAUCCUUCUGGACAUGGCCACGCACCUUGGGGAAGGAAACCAACGGAGCUUCCAGGCACUCUAUGUGGCCAAUCAGAUGGUGAACCUGUGUGAUGUCGCCAACCCACCAGUUUUUGCUGCGGCACAUGCGCUCGCCUGUUCCGUCUUCGGCCAGAAGAAUGGCGAGAGCCAGCAUGUCAUCCAUGCAAUGGGCCACUGCCACAUUGAUUCUGCCUGGCUGUGGCCUUAUGAGGAGACGAUCCGUAAAUGUGCGCGGAGCUGGGUGACUGUCAUACGCCUGAUGGAGAAGAACCCGGAGUUCACCUUUGUCUGCUCACAGGCGCAGCAGUUUGAAUGGGUGAAGAACUGGUAUCCUGGUUUGUACACUACGAUCCAGAACUUUGCCAAAGAGGGACGUUUCAUCCCUGUUGGGGGCACCUGGGUGGAAAUGGAUGGGAACCUUCCUAGUGGGGAGUCCAUGGUCCGGCAGUUCCUGCAGGGACAGCGAUUCUUCCAGCAGGAAUUUGGGAAGCUCUGCUCAGAGUUCUGGCUGCCAGACACAUUUGGCUACUCGGCACAACUGCCCCAAGUGAUGCGUGGAUGUGGGAUACGCCGUUUCCUAACUCAGAAGCUCAGCUGGAACCUCGUGAACACUUUCCCGCACAACACCUUUUUCUGGGAAGGCAUCGAUGGGUCUCAGGUUUUGGCCCACUUCCCACCUGCCGAUUCCUAUGGGCUGGCUGGCCGUGUGGAAGAGAUGUUAAAAACCGUGAAGAAUAAUCAGGACAAGGGCCGUGUGAACCACAGUGCCGCUCUCUUUGGGUUUGGAGAUGGGGGAGGAGGACCAACCCAGAAGAUACUGGACAGGCUAAGGAGGAUGAAGGACACCGAUGGCCUCCCCAGGAUUCAGAUGUCUGCACCUGACCGGCUUUUCUCUGCCCUGGAGAAGGAAAAAGCUCAGCUCUGCACGUGGGUUGGAGAACUGUUCCUGGAGCUGCACAACGGCACAUACACCACCCAUGGGCAGAUUAAGAAAGGGAAUCGGGAGUGCGAGCGCCUUCUCCACGACAUCGAGGUCCUGAGCAGCUUGGCUUUGUCGAGGGAGCCUUCGUUCCAGUACCCUUCUGCCAAGCUUCAGCACCUCUGGAGGCUGCUGCUCCUGAAUCAGUUCCACGAUGUCCUGCCGGGCAGCUGCAUCCAGCUCGUAGCCGAGGAUGCCAUGAGGUACUAUGCAGAAAUCCGCAGUGCCGGAGCUCAGCUUCUGGAGGCUGCUGUGCAGUCUCUGCUUGGAGGCCUGCUGGCGUGUGGUUGGGAGACCGACGGAAGCCUCCUCGUGGUCAACACCUUGCCGUGGGAACGGACGGAAGUCAUCUCCAGAAAGGGACCAGCAGGGUCUGAGACGUUAGCUUUGGUGACGGUUCCCAGCCUGGGCUACUGUACCGUUCAGGAUCCGUUGCCUCUUCUGCAUCCCGUGACCGUGUCCAAAGCGGCGGAUGGUUCUGUGACCAUGGAGAACGGUGUCCUCCAAGUCCAUCUGGAUACUAUGGGGCGUGUGACAUCGCUUUGCUUAACCCACUCUGAGAGAGAGUCGGUUCCCGAAGGUUGCUUUGCUAACCAGUUUGUGAUAUUUGACGAUGUGCCGUUGUACUGGGAUGCUUGGGAUGUCAUGGAUUAUCACUUGGAGACCAGGAAGCCCGUCGUGCAGCUCAUUAAACCCCUGGCCAUUGCCCUGCCAGGGGGGCUGCGAGGCAGCGCGACGUUCUCCCUGCAGGUCGGUGAGAGGAGCGUCCUGACCCAGGAGGUCAGUCUGGAUGCCGCCGCCUCUUGCCUCCGCUUCCAGACCCAGGUGGACUGGCACGAAGCCCACAAGUUCCUCAAGGUGGAGUUUCCGGCAGCGGUCCGGAGCCCCAACGCCACGUACGAGAUACAGUUCGGCCACCUGCAGAGACCGACGCACCGGAACACCUCCUGGGACUGGGCGCGCUUUGAGGUGUGGAGCCACAAGUGGAUGGACCUCUCCGAGCACGGCUUUGGCCUGGCGCUGCUCAAUGACUGCAGAUACGGCUGCUCGGCCCGCGGCAACGUCCUGAGCCUUUCCCUGUUGAGAGCACCCAAAUCACCUGACGCCACAGCAGACGUUGGACGCCACCAGUUCACCUACGCAGUGAUGCCUCAUCUGGGUUCCUUCCAGGAGGCCGGGGUCAUCCGUCAGGCGUACAACCUGAACUUCCCUCUCCACGCGGUGCCGAGCGUCCCGGCACAAGGCCCAGCGUGGAGCGCGUUCUCUGUGCAGUCCCCAGCGGUUGUUCUGGAAACUAUAAAGCAGGCGGAGGACCGGCCAGAUGCUCUGAUAGUCCGGCUCUACGAGUCGCAUGGGAGCACUGUGGUCACCUGGCUCCAAACAUGCCUCCCAGUCCAAGAGGCGGCCACGUGUGACCUCCUGGAGCGCCCUGAUCCUGGCCGCCCGCUGCUGCUGGAGGAGCACGGCCUGAAGCUCUCCUUCACGCCAUUCCAAGUGCUCUCCGUUAUGCUCAGCUUGAAACGGCCAGGCGGCAGCUGAAGAACCAACGGAUCCGCCCUCUCUUUGGAUCCUGUUCUCUGCAGGUGUGAUGUGGACGUGGCAGCAGGAGCUACGUGGGGUUUUCUUUUCCCCCUAAAAGGUUGGGAUCCGCCCACUAAAGCCAGGUGCAAAAUAGCGGCUGUGGGUGGAGCUAAUUACCUACCACACCCCAUAAGCUGUAUAGGGGGGUGACCUCGAUCGGCCUUCUCCAACCUGGUGCCCUCCAGCUACGUUGGACCACAACUCCCAUCAUUCCAUGCCAGCAUGGCCAUGUUGGCUUGGAGUGAUGGGAGUUGCAGUCCAACACAUCUGCGGGGCACCAGGUUGAGGAAGGGCCCCCACGUAGUCCAGUAUAAAUCUACGUUGGGAGGAUGAUUACGCAUCAGGGAUUAUUGUACCAGCCUAAUUUAGGUGGGGGAGAAGAAUCCUCUCUAUUACUAUUCGUAAACCAUUGGGAGUGGGAAUGUUAAAAGCAGUGGAACGAAACCUCAAUAAUACAUGAGGUAAGAUGUACCGGGACUUCUGUGUUUUUUUCUCUUCUGAAACAACAGCAGGACACCCUUAAGUAGAGGGUGGGUUCUUUGAAGAAAGUAAACACUUUUAUUAGCAUCAAAAAGCAGGUUCUAAAAAAAAGCAUUUUAAAAAUGUACAUCUAAGAGAAGAUGCCAUCACCAAAGAUACAAAACAUUUGAUUGAG